CUGAUUAGAAAUUGCAGUAAAAAUACUUAACAUUCGGCGAAAUACCAAAGCAGUUUCGUGUCUGACUCAAAAUCGUGUUGACGUGUUUGGGAUUUAUAGUAAAUAAAUAAAAGUAGAAAAUCUUGUUUGGUAAAAUCAUAAUGGCCGGUCCAAAUCCAUUUGCGCAGUACCAAAAAUCGUUCUCUAAGGAUGGUGAAAAUUAUAAAUAUUUUGAUAUAGCUGAAAUUGAUAAAAAAUAUGAUCAAUUACCUUUUUCCAUACGUGUGCUUCUGGAAUCCGCUGUACGCAAUUGUGACAAUUUUCACAUUCUUGAACAAGAUGUGCACAGCAUACUUGGUUGGUCACCAAAUCUAAAACAGGGUCAAAAUGAUGUCGAAGUAUCAUUUAAGCCAGCACGUGUGAUAUUGCAGGACUUUACUGGUGUACCUGCUGUAGUAGACUUCGCAGCUAUGCGUGAUGCCGUUUUGGAGCUUGGUGGUAAUCCAGAGAAAAUUAAUCCUAUAUGUCCAGCUGAUUUGGUGAUUGAUCAUUCUGUACAAGUUGAUUUUGCCAGAAGUCCGGAUGCUUUAAAUAAAAAUCAAAAUCUAGAAUUUGAACGUAACAAGGAACGUUUCACUUUCUUAAAAUGGGGUGCACGUGCCUUUAAUAAUAUGCUUAUUGUUCCACCCGGGUCGGGUAUUGUACAUCAAGUGAAUCUGGAGUAUUUAGCUCGUGUUGUUUUUGAAGCUGAUGAAAAUGGCAGCAAAGUCUUGUAUCCCGACAGUGUAGUAGGUACAGAUUCACACACUACAAUGAUCAAUGGUUUAGGAGUGCUCGGCUGGGGUGUUGGUGGUAUUGAAGCUGAAGCUGUUAUGUUAGGUCAAUCAAUUUCCAUGUUAUUGCCUGAAGUGAUAGGCUACAAGUUAAUUGGUAAACUAAGUCCCUUAGUUACGUCAACUGAUUUAGUUUUAACAAUUACGAAGCAUCUACGCCAGUUAGGAGUUGUUGGAAAAUUUGUUGAAUUUUACGGACCUGGUGUAGCUGAAUUAAGUAUCGCUGAUCGUGCAACCAUAAGCAACAUGUGCCCUGAAUAUGGCGCUACAGUUGGAUAUUUCCCUAUCGAUGUCAACACUUUAUCCUAUAUGAAGCAGACAAACCGUUCUGAAAAGAAAAUUGAUAUCAUUAAGAAGUAUUUAGAAGCUACUGGCCAAUUACGUGAUUAUUCAAAUGAGGUUCAAGAUCCUUUGUAUAGUCAGACUAUAUCUUUGGAUCUCUCCACCGUUGUAACGUCCGUUUCUGGCCCCAAAAGACCACAUGAUCGUGUGUCCGUUUCAGACAUGCAGAAAGAUUUUAAUUCCUGUUUAGUCAAUCCGGUGGGAUUUAAAGGUUAUGGUAUACGUCCACAAUCACUAACAGCAUCUGGAGAAUUUCAAUGGGAUGAUGGCAAGACCUAUACCAUUAAGCACGGUUCAGUUGUAAUAGCUGCUAUUACAUCAUGUACGAAUACGUCCAAUCCAUCCGUCAUGCUCGGUGCAGGCAUGUUAGCCAAGAAGGCAGUAGAAAAAGGAUUAAGUAUCAAUCCUUACGUCAAAACCUCUCUUUCUCCUGGUUCUGGUGUAGUAACUUACUAUUUGAAAGAGUCAGGUGUUAUACCUUAUUUAGAAAAACUUGGAUUUGAUAUUGUGGGAUAUGGUUGUAUGACUUGUAUUGGAAAUUCUGGCCCACUUGAAGAAAAUAUUGUGAAUACAAUAGAGAAGAAUGAGUUGGUGUGUUGUGGUGUGCUUUCUGGUAACAGAAAUUUUGAAGGACGCAUACAUCCAAAUACGCGUGCUAAUUACUUGGCAAGUCCAUUAUUAGUUAUUGCUUAUGCUAUUGCGGGACGUGUAGAUAUUGAUUUUGAAACUGAAUCAUUAGGAAUUGACUCCAAUGGCGAUAAAGUUUUCUUGCGUGAUAUUUGGCCUACUCGCGGUGAAAUCCAAGAAGUUGAAAAUAAAUACGUGAUACCAGCUAUGUUUCAAGAAGUGUAUAGUAAAAUUGAAUUGGGAUCGCAAGACUGGCAAACUCUGCAAGUCUCAGAUGGAAAACUAUAUCCAUGGAGUGCACAAUCUACAUAUAUUAAACGACCACCCUUCUUUGAAGGUAUGAAACGUGAGUUGCCUAAAUUGAAGAGCAUAGAAAACGCACGCUGUUUGUUGUUUUUGGGUGAUUCUGUCACCACAGAUCACAUUUCACCAGCUGGUUCCAUCGCACGCAAUUCACCAGCAGCAAGAUUUUUGUCUGGUCGUGGACUAACACCGAAAGAUUUCAAUUCAUAUGGUUCACGUCGUGGAAAUGAUUCAAUAAUGGCACGUGGUACAUUCGCAAAUAUACGUCUUGUCAACAAGUUAAUUUCUACAACUGGUCCAAGAACGAAACACAUUCCAAGUGGAGAAGAAAUGGAUGUUUUUGAUUGCGCCGAAAGGUAUCGUGAAGAAGGAACACCGUUGGUUCUUGUCGUUGGAAAAGACUAUGGAAGUGGUUCAUCGCGUGAUUGGGCAGCAAAGGGACCGUUCUUGCUUGGUAUUAAAACUGUAAUUGCUGAGUCUUACGAACGCAUACAUCGGUCGAAUUUGGUUGGAAUGGGAAUUAUACCAUUACAAUUUUUACCAAAUCAAAAUGCUGAAACUCUUAAGUUAACUGGCGAUGAGGUGUAUAAUAUCUCUUUGCCCGAAGAAGGUUUAAAACCGGGACAGAUAAUAAAAGUCAAAGCAAAUAAUAUUGUUUUCGAUACAGUUUUAAGGUUCGACACUGAAGUAGAUAUUACUUACUUCAAGAAUGGCGGAAUUCUAAACUACAUGAUACGCAAAAUGCUGGAUUAAUAAAACUAAAUAGAAAAUAUUUUAAAUAAGCAUUUUAAUAUAAAACUUAUAUUAACUUUUAUAUGGUGACGUUGCGAAUUAAUAAACAUUU